AUCAAAACAACUUAACCCAGCUGAGUGAGUGAUCGAGUGAACGGUGCAAUGGCUCAUCUCGAGGAGGAGGUGUUGAAAAUUUUGGAGACUAAAUAUUUAUUCACUGGGCUGAAGAAGAACACUAAAGAAUGGAGUGACGAUUGCAUUUUGAAGGUUUACAACAGGUUACUGAAUGUGUACGAUCCGGAAUACAACAGCAGCGAUUUAGACUAUAACUCCAAGAAGGGGCGAUGGCGCACCACAAGGUAUUUUCAGAGGAUGGGCUUAGGUCACAUAGUGCCAAAAGCUGAAGAUUUAACCAAUGGAACCAAGACUCUCAAAGUAAUCACAGUUCUCGAUGACAAAGUCAGUGCUAAAUACAGAGAAAAUGCAUCCCAAAGAAUAAGAGCUGUUGUUAAGCAAGAACAAUUGAUAAAAAUGAAAGAGAAGAGGCCUUGCAGAGGCCAGGAAAACACUGAACCAGAUUUUGAGGGUGCGAAUACUCAGCUAAAUUCAAAUUUGCCCAACUCAGGAGAGAAGCUGCUCUUCAUGAAUAAAGGAAGUCUUGUACAACGAACCCCCAUCAAACCACCUGACAGUGUGCCAGGUAGUAGUAAUUAUAUUCCUUGUGGACGACAAAUUCCAAGAACGCCAAGAUGUCCAGAUAUCAAUAUUGAUAGUGAAACAGAACAUAAUAAUUCAUUGGAAAUACUGCAUGGAAAGACUGGCCAAAAGUCUAAUGAAGAGGAAAGUCACCCAUCACAAAGUAAAGGAAAUAACUACAUUGAAAAAGGUGAAAAUAUUACUUCAUCUCCUGAAGUAGAUUUAGUAUUAAGUAAUCAUAAUCAUGUCAGUGUUCUCCAAGAUAAGCCAAAAAAUUCUCCAUUAACGGCAACUGCAUUCAUUCCAGUGGAAAUUAGUCAUGCUCAGAGCUGUGAUUAUACUAUUAAAAAUGGUUCUCCCAGUGAAGGAAGUAAACAUUGUCCUGCUGCACUUAGUCCCAUGAUAGGCAAGGUUACUCCUGUGGAAAUAGAAUCAAAUAGUGGUAAAGUAGCUGAAAUUCCACCUCCCUUUUUAAAGGACAAAAAUGUAGUUCCUAUUACUUCUGUGACAUAUGGUGAAAGAGAUACAAAGGAAAAGUCACAAGGUACUAUUAGAGCAAAAGAUGUUUUAGAUGAAAAAACUAAUACUUUGUCCUUACCUCCAAAUUGCUCUUCAAGUGACAAAAACAAAAAUAUUUCCUCUGUGGCCAAAUAUCUCUCUGAAGUGGAUGAUCCAAAUACUAGUGAGAAAGCAGUUAUGACUCAAAAGGAGUUCUUAAUUUUAGCUGAGAAACCUCUUCCAAUAACAGGCACCCCAGAUAUAGUAAAUGAACCUGUUUCCAUUAGAGAGUACCAAAAGAAUAUCAUUCCAAAAGGCAAACAAUUGAAGAGGACUCCUACUGGUCCAAUAACAUCCUGUGAAUAUGAUAAAGAUUGUCUUUUGGUUGAUUACUCAGUUCAUGAAAGUAGUAACAGUGUUUUAGAGGUGACCAAAAUUGAAUCUAAUCUUGAUUAUUCUCUUCAGAUAUUUGCAAAGACCAAAAAAGAAAAGACAAGAAAAUGUGAUAACCUAACAAAUGGUGCUGCUAGUGAGACAGACAAUGUUUCUUUGGAGAAUGUGAACAUGAAAACAAUUGUUCCAAAACAGAUAUUCAAAACUGAACCAAAUGCAUCAUUUGAUAAGAAUGUGGAAGAACCAUUAUCAAUUAAUGACAGUUCAAAUAAUGUUAACUAUGCUGAGAAAUGCAGCAAUGAGGAAGAACAAAAUGUUUUAGGUAAUGAUGAUGUGAAGGAAAAGAAUUUAGGACCAGACAAUGAAAGUAUUAUUACUGAUGAAAAGGACAACAAAAAUGAAGAAAGUAUGCAGGUGGAAAGUCAUAGUCGGCAUAAAGAACAAAAGGAUUUGCAGUCUAUUAAAGAGACUAAUGGAAUGGUUGGGUUUAGUAAUCCAGGAAAUGAAGGCAGUUCAGUCUUCGAAGUUUCUGAGAAAGACACAAAGACUAAAACUGGCAGUUUAGGCAAAACUACAGGUGCCUCUGUUGAAUUAGUCCAUGGAGAAGUUGAAGCACGUAUUACUGAAGAAAGCAAUACUAGUUUCACUUCAGAAAACCUUAGUUUACAUUUAUGCAUGGAAGCUGUCUGUAAAGAAGUAAUCAGUGACCAAAAUGACUCAGGAGAUGAUAUCACAGAGACAGUCAAUGCAAUUCAAAGUUCUCCCCAACAAUCAAGCAAACCUAACAUAACAGAGGAAACUGAUAUUCUGUUUGAAAACUCAUUUGACAUUUUCCCAACUAGGAAACAAAAGAAGCUACUGAGGGUGUAUGGUAAUGGCAUUCAAAGUAAGAGCAGGCUUGUCAAAGAGGAUGAUAGGGAGGGAAUCAUCAGAAGUGUUGAAAAAGACAUUGAAAGUAACACUAGUGAGAACAAGGAAAGAAUGGUAAAAGAUGAUGUGGAGGAAAAGAAUGGUGACAAGGAAAAAACUAAAGGUGUUCAAACUCUUGAAGCUCUUGAUGAAAAAGGAGACUGUAAUGUACAGGUUAAAAGACAGACAAGGCAACUUAGAAAUAAAAAUAAAGAUAAUAAGCAGAGGAAAUUAAAUGAAGAUCAGCAUUAUAAUCUUGAAAAUAAGGAAAGUAUUGAGAAUUCUGUAGCAAGAAAACUUCUUGACAACAGUAGAGAUGACUCACUGAUUAAAAAUCAGUUAAGAAGUAGCAAUAUGACUAGUUGCCGGGUAGAGGUGAAAAACCUAAAUUCUAAAGAUAAGAUCACAGCAGUAAAUGUUACCAGUACUAAAAGAGAAACUGGGUUAAGUGAAGGUGGUAAAGGUGAGACUCAUAUUGAAGAAACAGAACAGAGUAUUAGCCUUGACAUUCCUCUGGUAACUAAAAGGAAAGCAAAGACUUCUGGGAAGAAAAUAUCAUCAGCUGAUAAAACUGCUGGAAAAAUUAAUGUACCAACAGGAAGUGUUACAAAGACAAAAAAAGAAUGUGGUGAGAGCGAGACUUUCAUUGGAGAAACAGAAGAGAGUAUUGGUGCUGAAGUUCCUCUAGCACCCAAAAGGAAAGCAAAGACUUCUGGGAAGAAAAUAUCAUCAGCUGAUAAAACUGCCAGAAAAAUGAAUGUACCAGCUUGUUUUACGAAGACUCCAAAAGGUGACGACGAGAGUGAGACACACAUUGAAGAAACAGAACAGAGUAGUAGUGCUGAAGUUCCUCUGGCAUCCAAAAGGAAAGCAAAGACUUCUGGGAAGAACAUAUCAUCAGCUGAUAAAACUGCCAGAAAAAUUAAUGUGCCAGCAACAUGUGUUUCCAAGACUCAAAAAGAAACUGGUUCAAGUGAAGCUGGUGAAAGUGAGCCUCAUAUCGAAGAAACAGAACCAAGUAUUAGCCUUGAAGUUCCUCUGGUAAAUAAAAGGAGGAAAGCAAAGACAUCUGGGAAGAAAAUAUCACCAGCUGAUAAAACUGCCGGAAAAAUUAAUGUACCAGCAACAAGUGUUACCAAGACUGAAAAUGAAGGUGGUGAAAGCAAGAUUCAUAUCGAUAAAGCAAAACAGAAUAUUAGCCUUGAAGUUCCUCUGGUAAUUAAAAGGAAAGUGAAGACUUCUGGGAAGCAAACAUCUUCAGCUGAUAAAACUGCAGGAAAAAGUAAUGGAACAGCAACAAAUAUUACCAAGACUGGGAAAGGAACUGGUUCAAGUGAAGGUAGUGAGAGUGAGCCUCACAUUGAAGAGAAAAACAAGAGAAGUAGCUAUAAAGUAGUGCCACUUGUAACCCAAAGGAAAGCAAGGACUUCUGGAAAGAAAAUGUCUUCAGGUGACAAAACUGAAGGAAAAGUUAAUGUACCAGCAACAAGUGUUACCAAGACUCAAAAAGACCCUGGUUCUAGUGAAGGUGGCGAAAGUGAGCCUCAUAUUGAGGAGAAAGAACAGAGUAUUAGCCUUGAAGUACCUCUGGUAUCCAAAAAGAAAGCAAAGACUUCUAGGAAGAAAACAGCUGAUAAAACUGCAGAACAAGUUGAUGUACCAGUUACUUUGAAUAAGAAUGCAAAAGAAGAAUGCAAUAUACCUGAUAGUUCAUCAGAAAAGGUUCAAAGAACAGUGAAAUCUAAUGUGGAAGAUAAAGAAAACUUAAGUACUGCCAAGGAUGGUGAGAUUAUUGCAAAACCCAGAGGAAGAGGACUUACAUUAGAAAGAAAAUCUAGUCAGAAUGUCAGUAGGCAUAUUGCCAAAAGGGAUAACCAGAGCAUACAUGCUCGUAAACAAAUUCCGCUUGCUGAUAUAACUUCGUCUAAUAUCAAAACAGAUAGGAAGAUUAAGUCAAAAUCACAAAGUACUAUGGGAUCUAUGAAAGGAAAACCCUGUUGUGAAGAGGAUAAGGAAAAUUCUUGUUCUUUUAUGGAACAAAGCAUAAGUGAAAACUGCUCAAAUCAGAAAUCUAACAAAUUUUUUGUGAGUAAAGGAAUAGCUUCACAAAAUGCAUCUGUACCUUGUGCAAAUACAAGACAAAAAAGUAAAAGUAUCAAUUAUUCUGUUUGUAAAGCAGAGAACAGUAUAAACAAGAAUGUUCGUGAAACUAAUAGAAAGAGGUCCUUUAAUUUCAAAAACUCUGAUGAUGGUACUUCAGGCAUUAAGAAGAAACGGGUAUCAAAACAUGCUGUUGACAAGAGUUUGUCUUGCUCAGAACAGAGUUUAGAGAAGAUGGUCCAAGGGGAACAACCAUUGAAAAAUACAACAACUUCCAGGGAAGAAAUUUCAAGAUCUGGCACAGUAUGUAUACAAAGGAAAAAUGAAAGUGUACUGGAAAAGAAAGUGUCUGCAACUCACAGAAUCUUAAACCAGAAAGCUGUAUCAAAGGAGGAAGAAGGUAAUAGUGAUGAUCCAGAGUCCUUGCUUGUAUGUGACAUUAGUGAAAUUAUUCCUACAUCCAGAAAGAGAAAGAUAAAAAUGGCUUUUGUAGAGGAAUUAGAAGUAGAGGCAGAGCACAGAAAUGUAGCUAGAAAUAAGAGGGAAUUGUCUAAGAGUAAAAGAGUGGAAAGCAAGGAGAGAGUUUCAAGAAUUUCAAAGGAAAGUAGUAAUAAAACAAUUGCUGGUAAUACAAGUUUGGUAAAGAAGUCAUUGCCACAGAAAGUUAACGGAAAACAAAUAAUGGAUAAAAACUCUGAUGUGCCUAAAUCUGAGAAUGUAAGAGUAAGUCGUCGAUGUAAAACUUUAGCAUUGGCUGCUAUUAAGGAAUCAUUAAAUGAUUCAGAUAGUUAUGAAAUGUAUAGGAAGAGCAAGCACUAAUUAUUUUCAUGCACACUUGUUCCUGAUAUAGUGUCGUAUCAUAAAGGAUGCCCCCUCCUUCCUUAUUUUUGUGUAAUUAUGAGAUUUUUCAUGUACAUUGUGUUUUAUACUGCAAUCAGCUUUUCAUUAAUGUUCUUUCAAGUUUUACUAC